CGCCACACAGAAUCAGGGCUCGUGACAGACGUCGGCAAAGUCAAUGGUCGUCGCUAACAAUUACCAGUCUCCAAGGCCGAGUCGCAAUCGUCACCGGGUCAUCCUCGGCCUCGGCCGAACGAUCUCGCUGGCCCUGGCCUCCGAAGGCGCGCUGGUUGUCUGUAGCGAUCUCACUCCGGAUUUGCUCUUGGGAGGCUACGAGACCGACACAGCGCCUACGCACGAAGUGAUUAAGAGGACGGGUCAGGCUAUUUUCAAGGAAGUCGAUGUCAGCUCGCCGCAGCAGGUGGAGGCUCUCGUGGCAGCCGCUGUUGCCGAAUUUGGACGGUUGGACAUAAUGGUGAACAAUGCUGGCAUCUUCUGCGGUCAGCACCGAAUUGCAGAGGAAUCUGUGGAGGCCUUCGACAAGACGAUGGCCGUAAACACUCGUGGAACCUUCCUGGGGAUGAAAUAUGCCAUUGCCCAAAUGAUGAACCAAGAACCCGCCAUUUCUGGGGAUCGCGGCUGGAUCGUUAACAUCUCGUCCAUCGGCGGCCUUCUGGGCCUAUCCAUGGAGCCCUCUUAUUGCGCCAGCAAAGGUGCGGUGACCAAUUUGACCCGCCAAGUAGCACUCGACUAUGGCCCAGAAAAGAUUCAUGUUAACGCAGUGUGCCCGGGUUUCCUGAAGACGGCAAUGGUGCGCUCCGCACUUGAAGACGAGGCCCUAAACAAGGAGCUCCAUGACAAUUCCCCUUGGCCACACCUAGGCUCACCCGAGGAUGUGGCAAAGGCUGUGUUAUUCCUUUGUGGUGAUGGGGCCAGUUGGAUGACGGGAGCAAUAGUGAAUGUAGAUGGAGGGUAUUGUGCGAGGUAGUCAGGAAUCAGGCAUAAAAGGGCAUAUGAUAUGACCCAUAUGUUUGUGUCUCUUGGUUAAC